GCUUAGCGAUGCUUUAUGAAGAGUUUCCUCCCUUUCGAAACAGGGGAAAAAACAACCCUCGAAAGAGCAGUUCAGAUAUUCAAAGCAAAUUAUCAUUGGCACAAUCUGCUGCAUGUAUUGGCAGAAAGGGAGUUUUGAAAUAUGCUCGUGGACCUUGUCCCAACCCAUUUCCUUUUUUUCCUUAAUUUUUAUCGCGAUGUACUCCUUGAGAAUCAUCUCACGAAGCUCUGGAGGGAGGCUUUGAAUGGCCACGGAAAGUUGGCAGCAUUCUUUCCGGCCCCGCAUCAGCCACCCGCACUUGUUUGGCGCUCGAGACAUCGCGGCUCGGGCGUAUAACAGCGGGCUCGCUUGUUUCCAAUUACCGUGGGAGCAGCCCCACACCCCUAGUUGUUAGUAGUAUAUAGGGAGUCACACAAAUACUUUUUCAAAGAGGGAGCUAAUUUCGCUUUUCGCAACCACCAGGUUCAACCGGCCCGAGCUUGUGAGGGCCGGACUUGACGGUGGUGGUUGCGAAACGGUGAAAUAAGGCUCCCUCUGCGAAAAAGUAUUUGUGUGACUCCCUAUAUACUACUCCCUCUCCUUCCCCGUUGUUGUAAGUAGUAUAUAGGGAUUAUGAAUACUGUUUCAAAGAGGGACUCAGCAUUUCCCCGUUUUGCAACCCCCCAGGUUCAACCGAAGCGAGCAUGCGAGCUUCGGACUUAAAGCUGGGGGUUGCAAAACGGGGAAAUACUCCUCCCUCCGCGAAACGGUAUUCAUUAAACUCCCUAUAUACUACUAUAUAAUUAAAAUUUAGUUGAUUUUUAUCUCGUUCCGAAAACUGCCCUUUUCGCGCUCGUCGAGGGGCACACAUGAACACUCACAAAAAUACGCCACAGGAAACGCAAAAUACCUCUCGGAUAUUGUUCACUAGCUUGGAAGUUGGAGGGAAAAUUUAAAAGUGAGUUUGGAUAUGGUGUUGUAGCUGACAGUAGGAAAGCCGGAACUUGACCGAUGCGGGAAUUCGAAAUAGCCCUUUUUACGGUAACGUUUCCCAUCUGCAUUACAGUGUAAUCCGACAUGUGGGUGAGGCCUCACAUACAUGUUCGAUUAUAUUGUCAGACAAUUGAGAAACGUUAACCUUGAAAACAGCUAUUAAAUUAUCACCUAUAUAAUCACCUAUGGCCGCCUACUUGCUUCUAAAUGGUUCGCUCCCAGAUGAUAUCCAACCCCAGAACUGCUCAAAAUAAAGUAAGAAAAUUCCGCGAAACAUAGCCCGUUCCUAUAUGGGCCGAAUAUGUUUAUUUUUGUUUUUGCUAAGCCUCGAGUGCCCCGGGAAUGAUACAGUAUUUCUUAGCCUACGUCAAAGUUUAUUUUAUUUUCAUCAUGUGCUAUGUAUAGUCAAUGAUUUUGCCUGUUAAAAGGCGAAAACGAAAACGACCGACUCGCUUUAAGAUAAUUUAUUUUUACAACAGUACAGUUAUAAUUCAAGUGGAAGCUUAGCUUCAUCCAAAUCAGUGUCUUUUAUUUUCACGACCUUACUGCUUGAACGUGCUACGUUUAUCACUUCAAGCCCAUAUGCAUUCGUCAUGGAACAAUCGUCAAAUAAAGGAGUGACUUGACACCUUUUUUAGUUGUCUUUAAGUUAACGCUAAGGUGUCACACGGUUGAGGAUUAGGCCUGAUUUUUUUCUUAUUUAAAUAUUUUGAUAUGGACUCGUUACACGCGUGGGUGCUAAUGCCAUUACAUGACGCACAACGUUUGCACGUGCGGAGCUGCUGUGAAAACAAAGAGUGCAAACGGUGAUAAAAAGUUCAAUUUAGUGCUAACUGUCUGAUUUGCCCAGCCAACUAAAACGGAAAAAACGUUAUCCAGUACAAAGACAUCAGUCGCAGUUGGAUAAACAUCACUUCGUUGAAGUCUGGUACUUGUUUGGUAAGGUGCACUGCUGUCUGGGAGAUCUCGGAGCGGUAUUUGCAAUUGAGCACAUAAAUCGGGGAUUGAAAUUGCUGCAACUAACCAAACGAAGAUAUCAUUCUGUUUGAAGAUAGAUAUAUUCAACAUGAUGCGGGUGCUGUCAGUUUUCCCAUUCAUCCUUGCUCUCCAAUGUUUUUCCUCAACAAUCGGUGAACAAGGCUACACCACGGUUGUUAACAAAUGGAACAAGGGCUUCAAAGGAGAGAUCAAACUGAAAAUGAACAAAGACGUUAGUGAGGCGGGGUGGACUAUGAGGCUCUCGUUUCCAGUUCGCACUCCAAACUUGAAAAUCUGGGGAGCGAAAAUCACUGGACAGGAAAACGACCGGGUCUACACCAUGGUAAAUAUGCCCUGGAACAAAAAACUGUCAACAGGAGACGAGUUACAAAUGUUUUUUUUAGCAGAAAAGACUACGGAUGCAGAUGCCCCCAUAGGGACCGUGAAUUUUGAGCGCGGAGCGACUCCCACGGGGCAACCACCAACGCCUGGCCCCAGUUCUCCUAGACCCACGACAGGGCGUCGCAAUUCCUCUCCAGGCCCUAGUUGCACUCCAAACACCAAUUGCCCCAUUUCUACUCGACCCCCGAAGACCACUAGCACUAAACGCCCGCGCCCGACUUCAAAACCAACAAUAGGCGUACCGCUAAAGCUCAGUGGGUACAACUAUGGUGAAGUGCUGAAGUUGUCCAUUCUGUUUUAUGAAGCUCAGCGAUCUGGAAAGCUUCCGAAAAACAACCGCGUCCCGUGGAGAAAGGAUUCGGCACUAAAAGACGGCAAACAGAUUGGUGUAGAUUUAACUGGAGGAUGGUAUGACGCGGGCGAUUACGUCAAGUUUGGCUUUCCAAUGGCUUCCUCUGUCACCGUGCUAGCCUGGGGUCUAUUGAAAUACAAGAAGGCCUACAUAGCCGCUGGUCAGUACGGUCACAUGUUAAAUAGUAUCGAGUGGGCCACGGACUACUUCAUAAAGGCGCAUACUAAAAGAUAUGAAUUUUAUGGCCAGGUUGGUGAUGGAGAUAUCGAUCACGCCUACUGGGGCAGACCAGAGGACAUGCCUGAUAAUAUGAAGCGUCCCGCCUGGAAAAUCACGCCACAGAAACCGGGAUCAGAUCUGGCCGCUGAAACUGCGGCAGCCCUGGCUGCAUCUUCAAUUGCCUUUAAAGCUAACAAAGCAAAGUAAGUAAAGAGCACAAAAGAUAACCGGAGUUGCGUCUUCAUAUUAAUUUUAGAGGAAUCUUUGUCUUCAAAAUUCGCUCUGAUGGGAUCUACAAAAAUUUCAAUUCUGAAUAUUGAAUCUGCAUGACACGAAUGAUUAUCCCAAUUAAUUUGACUCCGAUUUAUUACUGUGUGGCACUAAAUUAUGGAGCGAGCCAUAUUUUUAGCACGUGCUCUCA